UCAAUUAAAAUCAGAUUCUGCUGAACAAAUCUUAAUUUUGACUUUAUUUCAACAAUUACCACUGUCAUAUCUCCUAAAAUGGAGACAGAGAGCGCAUCUUUCUCCAGUGAAACCGAGCAUUGUCGAGAGACCCAAGAAAAAUCCGAGGAGAUUAGCGAAGAGGCAGUUGCACUCGAACAUUUUCUUAUCGGUAGAAGCAGACAGAGAAGACAAAGAACGACCUUUACCCCUUUCCAGAUCACAGCUUUAGAGGACUUGUUUUCCAGGACUCAUUACCCUGACAUCUUCGUUAGAGAGGAGCUGGCUCUUCAAAUUAAUCUGUGUGAAGCCAGAAUACAGGUGUGGUUCCAAAAUCGCAGAGCUAAAUGGCGAAAAGAAGUGCGAUCAGCUGGACUUGACUCUCCUCUCCGUCUCCGCAACAUGGUGCAACAAAUUCAAAACCAAGUACAUUCGUACCAACCCCCGCUUAAAAGAGGAGUACCCCAGAUAACUAGCACGCUAUUUAAUUACCAGUUUAUGUCUCCAAACAAGUUCACUGGACUUGCCCCUCAUCAGGCACAAGCACUUUUUCAACAAGAACAACAAUCCAGCCAGCAAAAAGCUAUGCAUAUAUUCUCUGGAUUUCGACCACAGUAUGGAAGUCUGUGUAGUUGUGCUCACCACUCCAUAAGCACUCUUUCAGGAGAUCAAGCGACACAUCCUUUCACACUGGAACCAGUUCCACUGAUUAUGAAGAAUUCUACAAACAUUGGGAACGCUCCCGAAAAUGAUAAAAAUUAA